AUGAAUACUGCCAGCCUCGCUGUGAGAAAGUACAAUGAAAGAGACCAAUUGCGGGAAGGGUUCAGAAUUGAUGCCACGAAGAACCAACAGGAUGCCAGUAAGAUGUUCAUUGGGGGACUUUCCCAAGAACUGAACAAGCAAGUACUUCUGGAAUACUUGUCUAAGUUUGGUGAGAUAAUAGAUUUUAUUAUAAAAAUAGACCCAAAUACCGGUCUGUCUAGGGGAUUUGGAUUCGUGCUUUUCAAAGACAGUUCCACAGUAGAGAAGGUACUUCGAGUGAAAGACCACAAAGUCGAUGGCAAGAAAAUAGAGUUUAAAAGGGCUAAAGCCCUUGAAUCUCACUUCCCCAUCAAAAAGGUUUUUGUGGGUGGGCUGAACCCUCGGAUGUCUGAAGAAAAAAUAAGAGCUUACUUUGGCACAUUUGGACAGAUAGAGGCUAUUGAGCUUCCACUGUGUUCAGAUACGCAGGAAAGAAGAGCUUUCGGCUUUAUCAAAUACAUGGAUGAAAACCCCGUUAGAAAGGUCUUAGAAACCAGGUACCAUUUCAUUGGCUCCAGCCGUUGUGAAGUUAAAAUGGCAUUCCCUAAAGAAUAUCCUCCAAGACAACCGAGUAAAAGUAAGACUAGAGCUAAGGAUAGGGCAAGAAAAGCUGUUCCAGCUGCGGAGUUAGAAAACCACUGGAGAGGAGGAGGCAGCCAAAGCUUCCACCUUAUGGCUAACUCAGAUGCUCAAGAAGCCAACCAAGAUACUCACAGAGCUGGCUCAUAUACUUCUAGAGCAAAUUCAGAUGUAACUUUGGCAAAUUCCCGUGGUUUCAGGGAUACCCCCAACGCUUUCCAGGCGAACUCCAAUGUUUAUGUGACAAAUUCAAGUGCUUUCAGGGCAAGUCGUAGUGCUUUGAGGCCAAGCUCAAAUACUGUAGGGGUAAGCCACUAUGCUCUGGGGGCAAACCCAAAUACCUUCUUGGCAAGCCAGUAUACUCUUGGGACAAUUCCAAACACCUUUAGAACAAGCCAAUACACUUUGGGAACAUACCCAAAUGUUUUAGGAGUAAGCCAGUAUGCUUUGGCAGCAUACCCAAAUACUUUUGGGAUAAACCAAUGUGCUUUGGGGGCAAACCCAAAUGUUUUCUGGACAAACCAAUAUCCUUUGGGAACAUACCCAGAUGCUUUUGGGAUAGGCCAAUAUGCUUCUGGGGCAAGCCCAAAUGCUUUUGGGGCAAGCCAAUAUUCUUUGAGUACAAACUCAGAUGCCUUUAGGCCAAACUGCUAUGCGUUUGUGGCAAACCCUUACGAUAUCCGGACAAGCCACUAUGUUUUGGCUACAAACCCAAAUAUUUUCAGGACAAGCCAGUAUGUUCUGGGGUCAAACCCAAAUGCCUUUGGGUCAAGUCAGUAUUCUGUGGGAGCAACCCAAAACAUUUUUGGGCCAAAUCAACAUAGCUUCGGAGCAAAUGGAAACUUUUGUGGGGCAGCUGGAAGUGGUGGAAGUACCGGAGGACUUAAUUUCUCUCAAGUAUAUGGCAAUUUCCUGAAUGUCUGCAAUACACUGCCAGCUUUUCAUGGCUCUAAUGGAGAUUAUUUCUUCCUAUACAGCUAUGGGGCUUAUGAUUUGGGAUCUGCACCUAAUUACAAUGUGCAAAUAAACCAGUCAACUCUCUUUGGUAAUGGAUACCAGGGAAUAUAUUCAGCAUUUUGA